GAAGAGGGUCGGGUGAUGUCAUCAAGAAUAUCAAAGGGUUCAGAAGCCUUACCUGGAAUGCAUCCAUGGCAUGUUAUAUUCAGAACUAAAGGGGGGGCAAGUAGAAAAUUAGCAUUUUGUGGUGGUACAUUGAUAUCCCAGAGAUACGUGAUAACUGCUGCUAACUGUAUCAUCGAGUUUAAGUCAAUAUUUGGUGUUCCUUUUUCGGCAGAAAAUGUGGAAUUUUUACUGGGCACAACAGAUUGUCUAGGAACUAUGAAUGAGGGGGAAAGAAGAACAGUACGAACCUUCACUGUUCAUCCAUAUUACGAAGACAGAGGAUUUUAUGAUAAUGAUAUAGCAUUGAUAGAAUUGGACAGUUUGGUUGAAUACAACGAUUAUAUACGUCCUAUAUGUGUUGAACCGGCGGAAUACAAUGACUGGACGUUUCUAAAAAACAGUGGCUCCUUUGGUCGUGUGUUUGGGAAAGUCGCUGGAUGCGGUGCAACAAAGUCAAGUUUUUUUAGAAGCAAAUUGAUGCCCGAGAAACUGAUGGAUGUAUAUGUUCCGUAUGUAGACAGAGAAACAUGUCUUGAAUCAAUGGGCAAAAAACGCUUUAGACUCACUGACACUAUGUUUUGUGCUGGGAGUGAUAUUGGUAAAACUGGGGACAGUUGCGAAGGGGACAGUGGAGACGGCUUAAUCAUGGCAACAAGCACAAGAUGGGUUCUUACUGGAAUCGUUUCUUGGGGCAGGGGAUGUGAUGUGGAUAAAUACUACGGUGUUUACACAAAUGUUGGCAUGUUCUAUAAUUGGAUAGAGAGCGUUACAAAAUUUAACGAAGAGGAGGUGCCAGACUUUAUGAAUCAUAAUUGAUCUGGGACAGUGAAUAUUUGUUGCU